AUGUCCGAAAAAGAAGCAGUCCAAGAUGACCAACAAAGCUAUCCAUCGCCAAUGAAAUUGGCCGUAAUCAUGACAGCCCUCUGCCUUGCAAUAUUUUGCAUGGCGUUGGACAAUACAAUCAUCGCGACGACCAUUCCUCAUAUCACGGCCCAAUUCCACGCCCUUGACGACGUGGCUGAUCUUUGGGAAACUCUACACCUUCUACUCCAUCAGGAUGGUGUUUCUUUCGGCAUUGACUAUUUUCGAAAUCGGAUCUUUGGUCUGCGCCGUGACAUCGAAUUCAUUGGGUCUUAUACUUGGUCGCGCGGUAGCCGGGAUCGGGUCAGCGGGCCUCUUUUCCGGUGGCAUCCUGAUCAUCGCAAAUUCAGUGCCGUUGGGGAAAAGACCUGUAUAUACUGGAUUAGUCGGGGGAUGGGUGGAGCUUUCACGGAUCUCGUCUCGUGGCGUUGGUGCUUCUAUAUCAAUCUUCCCAUCGGUGGUGUCACAUUUCUUUUCCUGCUAUGUUUCUACCGUCCUCUUUCGCGAGCAACGUCGACUUUAUCCCUCUGGAAGCAGUUUCAGCAAUUUGAUAUCAUCGGCUCAACUUUCUUCAUUCCAUCCAUCAUAUGUAUUCUCUUGGCAUUGCAAUGGGGUGGAUCGGCCUACGAGUGGAGCAAUGGGAGGAUCAUCGCCUUGUUCGUCCUUUCCGGAUUGUUGAUGAUUGCUUUCCUGGGUGUGCAAUUUUGGCAACAAGAGAACGCCACGCUUCCGCCACGGGUAUUCGGAAACCGGAAUGUCUGGGAAAGUUCUUCGUUCACUUUCUUCCUCGGGGCAUCUUUCUUUGCCCUAGUCUACUACCUUCCCAUCUGGUCCCAAGCCAUCAAAGGCGUCUCGUCCGUGAAAUCAGGAAUCAUGAAUCUCCCCAUGCUCCUUGCCCAAGUUUUACUAUCGAUUGUAGCCGGAGCAUGCGUGAUCAAAUUCGGCUACUACACACCUUUCAUGCUUCUAUCCUCCUGCCUCAUAGCAAUCGGAGCAGGGCUUCUAUCAACCUUCCACCCCGACACCGGUAGUGGUAAAUGGAUCGGUUACCAGAUCGUUUUCGGCGCCGGGGUAGGAAUCGGUAUGGAGCAGGCAUUGAUCGCUGUCCAAUCAGCCCUCCCACCCGCCGAUAUACCCAUCGCGACAGCUACGGUCCUGUUUUCGCAAACUCUUGGCGGGGCUGUAUUCAUAUCUGUGGCAUAG